CUUACGGGCCGAGAUGCUGCAGCCGUUUGCAGAUAAAAGACCUGAUGCGGUGCUCUGCAGGCUUUAAAGCUGCGGACGUAAAGCACGCAGCUGGAUGUCUGUGGAUGGUCAGCAGGCUGCAGACGCUCCGCAGGACUUUAAGUUAGUCUCAAAGCACAGAUGUAGAGUAAUCAUCUGGUUUUUUUCAGGAUCUGCAUGAUGGAUAUGACUCCAGAGUAUAUGACCACAGUUAACACUUUAACUCCCAGAGCUCUGUUAGUGGCAUGUCUGUCUCUGCUGCUCUCCCUGUGGCUUUGGGUCCGGCAGCGGGGGUCCGUCCCCGGCCUGCCGGGGCCCUUCGCCUGGCCCGUCAUCGGGAACGCCGCGCAGCUCGGCAGCGCGCCGCACCUGUACUUUGCUCGCAUGGUGAGAAAAUACGGCAGCGUGUUCCAGAUCCAGCUGGGCAGCAGGGCGGUGGUGGUGCUGAACGGGGACGCCAUCAGACAGGCGCUCAUUAAGCAGGGUCUGGACUUCGCCGGUAGACCGGACUUCACCUCUUUCAGGUACGUCUCUGACGGUCAGAGCAUGGCGUUCGGCACCGUCACGGACACGUGGAGGACGCACCGCAAAGUGGCCCACUACACCGUGCGCAUGUUCUCCACCGGGAGCCCGGAGACCAAGAGGACGUUCGAACAGCACGUCCUCUGCGAGUUUCAGGAGCUGCUGCGGCUGUUCCUGGCCAAAACGCGGGAGGAGCAGUACUUCCAGCCCAUGACCUACCUGGUGGUGUCCACGGCCAACAUCAUGAGCGCGGUGUGCUUCGGGAAGAGGUACUCCUACGAGGAUGCGGAGUUCAGGGAGGUGGUGGGCAGGAACGACAAGUUCACACAGACCGUGGGAGCGGGGAGCAUCGUGGACGUGAUGCCCUGGCUCCAAUACUUUCCCAACCCCAUAAAAACCAUAUUUGAGGACUUCAAGCAACUCAACCGGGACUUUGGGAGGUUCAUCCGAGAUAAAGUCACGGAGCACAGGAAAACAAUCGAGUCGAGCGCCAUUAGGGACAUAACAGAUGCUUUCAUAGUGGCUCUGGAGCAACUCAGAGAAGGUUCAGGACUCCAAUCUGGAGAGGACUAUGUGACCCCCACAAUCGGGGACAUAUUUGGAGCCAGCCAGGACACCCUGUCUACUGCUUUGCAGUGGAUAAUCCUCAUCCUUGUCAAGUAUCCUGAGAUUCAAGCACGUCUUCAGCUGGAGGUGGACAGAGUUGUGGAUCAGGACCGUCUCCCUUCCAUUGAAGACCAGCCUCGGCUGCCAUACGUCAUGGCCUUCCUCUACGAGAUCAUGCGCUUCACAAGCUUUGUUCCCCUCACCAUCCCCCACUCCACUCUCACAGACACCUCCAUCAUGGGCUACACCGUGCCAAAGAACACCGUCAUCUUCAUAAACCAAUGGUCCAUCAACCAUGACCCGGCAAUGUGGUCCAACCCGGAGUCCUUUGACCCAGAGCGCUUCCUGGACCCCCAGGGGGCACUGAACAAAGACCUGACCAGCAGCGUACUCAUCUUUUCUUUGGGACGGCGGCGGUGUAUUGGCGAGGAGCUCUCCAAGAUGCAGCUUUUUCUCUUCACGGCUCUGCUGGCGCACCAGUGCAAGAUCACCACUGACCCGGUGAAGACGGUAACCCUGGACUACAAGUACGGCCUGACUCUGAAACCGCACAAUUACUCCAUAGCAGUGUCUCUGCGGGAAGAUAUGACUCGGUUGGAUGCAGCCAUCUCUCAGCCAGCGUGAGACCAGCGUUCAUAAGACUAAAGUAAAAGGUCAAAGGCCUCAGAAAAUGAAGAAUAUUGGAGGGACCAGAGCUGUGCUUUGUGCCUGUAUAUACAGUAGAUAUACAGACGCAGACAAAUCUGUUAACACCUCUGGUAAUCAGAAUGCUGAUUUCUGUGUUCAUUUGGCCAAUUGUGUUGGAGCAUCAUCCUACUAAAUGACCCAAUUAAGACCAAUUUUCAAUCCACCAAAUCGUUAUUUAAAAUCGCCUGACUUUGAAAAGAUUAUGCAAUGCACUCUAACAAGAUUUCCAGGGGGUUUGAAAGAAGCAUGUGGCUUACUUGUGAAGGUCAUGUUUUCUUGUCUUUCCUGUUUUGAAGAUUGGCUAGGAGAAAUGGACCUUUGUUUCACAUAUUUGCACCCCAGGGAUAAGAAGACUCUACAAACUCUCUCCAACUUAUGUUAUAAACUUCAAAAAUCUUCACUUCAUUCAUUUUACAGGUGAUUUAUUUGAUGAUUUCAAUUAAAAACCAAUUCUUCCUUAAUGCAGAAUUGUGGUCAAACUAAAGGAAGGAUUUAUUAAAAAACAAAAUUAUGCUGCUGCAAUAAAAUGUACAUUUAUUUUAAGGCUGAAGACACAUCUUUGCCAAUAACAGGGUCUGUAUCUAAAUUUCUUACCUGACCUCUCAGGGUCUGUCCUUUGUACAAGACAGAAAGCAAUGGGACAUCUGUUUCACAGGAGAGAUGGUGCAGAGCGCCCACCCACGUACAACAUUAGUCAGACGUGCCACAUCUCAAUUACUUACGAUCUUUUGAUUCAUCAGAGUGGAGGACUGCAGUCAGCUGCUUUAUUACCAGACAACUGUCUGGAAAAGGACACAAAGCAAUGAAGCUCUGAUCCAAAAUAAAAAGCUGCUGUAUAAUGUAUCCUUGCAAAGUCUGUACUGCUACUGAAAAAGACUAAUUGUAUGCUGAAGCCAUGUUUUGUUGCUGUUCUUCCCAGUGACCAGGGGAAAAGAAACUUUUACUUUCUUAAACAAUUUUCUCUUGCAUCUAUCUUCAAAAGCGUGAUGCUGCAAACUGCAGUCAGACUCCUCAUGUGAUUAUAGUAACAAUGCCACGGUCUGAGGAACCAAGGUACAGGUGAAUAAGCUCUUCUAGCUCUUAAUAAGCUUCAGCUCUACUGACAAAAUAUUUAGUAGUUAUGUGUAAAUUAAUAUAUUAUAGUGAAAGUAUAUUACUCAGGAAAAAAAAAAACACUUAGAUGCUUAAGUUGAAUACUAUUUAAUCUUAAAUGCUUUUAAAAGUCCAAUAUAUUCUGCAACCUUUUACGGAUGCUGUUAUAAAAGGCGCCCUACGCAUGUAAACAGAUGUUAGAGCAGUGUUAUUUAGAUGAUUACUCACUUGUUUAGGUCAAGGCCGUACAAUUUAGGCAUGGGCCAGUAAGAGAUUCCCACCUAAAACUUAACGUAAAACAAAAAUGUUUGACAUGAUCGAAUGAUCGUAUUAGAGUAAAAAGUGUAGUAGCUUUCUUUCAGCCAGCUGACUGACAGUGUGCAGAAAAAGGUGGGGAUGGGAAGGGCAGCGCUGCAUUACUCUACAGAUUGCACAAUCUUAAUAAAAGGGCAUUCCCUUGUUGAAACUGUAUGAUGGAUAUGUUGAGUUUUCUAAAGCUGUGAUACUGGAAACUGGUCCAUGUUUGUUAUAUCAUCUCUUCAUUGCUUAUUAUUUAUGUCAAUCUUCAAUGUAACUUCAAAAUUUCAAUAUUUACAUGUCUGGUUUAUUGCAUGCAAGCUCAAAUUUUCACUCAACUAUCAGAAAUACCUUUUUUAUUGUAAAAAAAAAAAAUUAAUAAAAUGUUUUAUCCGUCUGUA